CACUCGUCAAAAGCUCGACCUCUGGUCAGGGGCUAUAUACCGGCUGGUGCGGCCCUGCUAUUUUAAAACAAGUUGUAUUUAUUUAUACUUUCCUACUUUCCCAUUUUUCUUGCGAAUGCGGCUGUUGCUCGUCCGUAACUUCGCGUUUAGCAGCAGCAACAAAAAAACCGCGCGCGCGGCGUAACGCCCGCGCUGCGCGCAACAAACGGGGACGCGCGGACCGAAUCCGUCGACGCGUAGAGAGAUCUCGCUCGGGGUUUGAAGCGUCGCAAAGCCUCCUCCACACUUUGGCAUGUGGACACGUCACGGGGUUCUCAAUAUUUAACGACCAAAAAAAACCUCCCGUCGCGGGUGGGAAUUCGGCGUCGUGAGCGUUCGCCCGCCGCGUCGUCGCUGCAACCGCGGCGCACAAUGUGCAGCGGUUAGCGAAACAGCUGCGGGGGGUAGGGAGGGAGGGAGGAAGGAAGGGGGUGACCCGAACGUGCGUGUAAUAAUUACUUCUUGAGCAAAAAAAAGAGCGCCACACGGGGCGUAUGCAUACGCGAUUGUUGUGAUAGUAAGAAGCCGACGUAGCAAAAACACGCGGCCGCAUCGUCCGUGUGUACAUAAGAGAGAGAGAGAGAAAAAGGAGGAAGCGAUACCACGCAUGGAGCCCAGGGAAAACGCGGCCAAGAGGCCAGGUCACUCGCUCUCCAAAUUCACCAUCCGAUGCAUCUUGGGAGCCCAGACGGACGGGAGCGACUGCGGCAGCGAGGAUGAGAGCGACGCGGAUGGGAGGAGGAGGGGGACCCCUGCCGCCACUCAGGCUCCGGGAGGGGGCGCCGCCGCCGCCGCUGCCGCCGUCGCCGCCGCCACAGUGGCUCAGGAUCGACAUCGCACGAGCUCUUCCCGUCUCUCUGAGCCCUUGGAGGGGUCUCGCAAAGUCGCCUGCUGGCUGCAGGAACACCAGAUCGCUUGCUGCCACGAAGUGGCCAAGCGAGCAUUGGCCGGGCACGGCGUCUCUCAGGAGAGGAUCCAACCCCAACUACAGCAGCAGCCGCAGCAGCCGCAUCACCAUCCGCAUCAGGAGGCGAGGGCCGGUCACGUCACCUCCCCAGCGCACACGGAGCCGCGCAGCAGUAACAGCAGCAGCAGCAUCGUCAUCGACACUCCGCCGGCGCUGUCGGCAACCGCGCCUCGGUUAAACGGGACAACCGCGCCCCACGUUGUUGUUGUUGGUGGCGGCGACGAAGAUGACGACGAUGAUGACGAUGACGACGACGACGAUGACGGCGGCGGCGGCGGUGGCGGCGGCAUCGUCGUGAGCGGGGACAGGGCCUGCGAGAGCCCCCCGCAGCACGGCAGCCCGCGUGCGCCCCCCAAGAAGAAGACGCGGACCGUGUUCUCUCGGAGCCAAGUGUUCCAGCUGGAGUCGACGUUCGACAUGAAGCGCUACCUGAGCAGCGCGGAGCGCGCGGGUCUCGCCGCGUCGCUGCACCUCACCGAGACGCAGGUGAAGAUCUGGUUCCAGAACCGGCGCAACAAGUGGAAGCGCCAGCUGGCCGCCGAGCUCGAGGCCGCCAACUUGGCGCAGGUGUCGGCGGCGCACAGACUCGUGCGCGUGCCCGUGCUCUACCGGGAAGGGGGCUUGCACGGGAGAGCGGCUCCCGCGGGAGGAGUCAGAGCCCCGCUCGCGUUCCCCUACCCCUUCUACUACCCCGGCGGUGCAUUGACACACUUCGCGAUGCCCUACGCCGCCAGCAGCUCGGGCCUCAUGCAGUGAGAGUGUGGACAAAACUCGUUGCUCACCACGCGUUGUCGUUGUUGUUGGGGGUGUGGGUGUAGAAGCAGAGGGCUCUGUUCCGUCGCCACAUAUACGAGUGUGGUAAUGAUACGUUUUAGUCCGUCAGCCUGUCGUUGGCUUUUCAGACCAAUGUUAUUAAUCGUCCAGCAGCAGCAGCAGAAUUCGUUUUGAAGCGAAGCAAACGUCUGAUGCGGUUUCUUCGACGUUUGUGCGUCUCGUCGGCAGUCGUGCCCCCGUGCUUGCGGAUGAGUGCGCGCCCGGACAGCGAGACUGACAGACGACGAGACAGCGUCGAAAACUCACGCGAACCCCCAUCGUCAGUUGUGUGCGAGGUGAUACAGACGCGAUCCAUUUGUGGAUACCCCACUGACUUGUAAUGACGCCCGAUUCUCAACAGGUGAUCGAAUGUUGUUGCGAAAGCGAUGGCUCCGUAUCUUGCAGAGUGUUAACAGAUGUACUAAGUGUGUCGUUGAGUCUGAUGGGAGACGCGUAGAGGCUUUGAAAUGUAAUGUUGUUGUUUUUUUUAUCAAUGUAACGUGUCUCCAUUGUUUUAGUGGGGUAGCUAUAAAUCGAUCACUCUUGUAUGAUUUCCACGACUGUGUACUGCAGCUUUUUGUCCAUCCGCUGCUGGAUGACUGCCUAUUCUUUGGCCGCACUUCACCGCGCUGGUCAGUGCAGAGUUGAUGAAAGCGGGAAGAAGCAUACAAGUGAGGGCAUAGUGCAGUACAACAUGUGCGAAAAUUAUAUAUCUGCAAAUUUUAGUCUACAUACUGUACUACAUAUGUACAUACACUGAAUAAUACUGUAUUUGUGCAUAUACUGUAUGUCAUUGGUUCUCA